AUGGCUUCUAAAUUAAACACAGUCGAGGCAACUAACCUUGACCACCAAAUCUAGCAUUUGUAUUAAUGCAAACCACUCCCAGAACAAGAUGUUAAAUAGAUAUGCGAAAAAGCAAAGGAAAUUUUGAUUGAGGAAUCUAAUGUAUAACCAGUGCGUGCUCCAGUAAUAAUUUGCGGUGAUAUUCAUGGCCAAUUCCAUGAUUUGAUGGAACUGUUCAAAAUAGGUGGCAAAGCACCAGAUACCAAUUAUCUAUUCAUGGGAGAUUAUGUAGAUCGAGGUCAUCAUUCUGUUGAGUGUGUAACUCUCCUUGUAUUGUUGAAGAUUCGUCAUAGAGACAGAAUAACCAUCCUCAGAGGAAACCACGAAUCUAGACAAAUUACAUAAGUUUAUGGUUUCUAUGACGAAUGUUCACGUAAAUACGGUAAUAGUAAUGUUUGGAAAUGCUUCACUGAGUUGUUUGAUUACUUACCAUUGACAGCAGUCUGUAGAAUCCUAAUUCUUCUGUCUCCAUGGAGGUAUCUCCCCCUCCAUUGA